AAAAGGCGAGAAACAAAAAACAAACAAACCCUCCCAAUAUUUGUGUUUUCCGUUGCAACCUUCCUCUCUCGCUCACACUUUCCCUCCGUCGUUUCUCUGCACACAUUUCUGCUGCAGCAACAGUUCGCAGAGAAACCACUGCUCCGUCCUCGAAACCAGCUUUCGCAAUCCGCCAUGGAUUUCAUGUGGAGCGACAAUGCGACGCCGCACGCUUCGCAUUUCUCCGCCGCGAUCUACUUCGCUUUCGCCUCUUUUGCGGCCAGGUUCUUCCUUGACAGAUUCGUCUUUCGCAGGUUGGCCAUUAGGAUGUUGACAAGGGGAAGAGCCCCUUCACGGAUUACUAAGGAAAUGCAAGCAAAGAUUGGAAAAUGCUCCGAGUCAUUGUGGAAGCUAACAUAUUAUGCUGCAGUAGAAGCAUUCAUUCUUAAAAUUGCCUACCAUGAACCCUGGUUUAGUAACACGAAAUUAUACUUCAAAGACUGGCCAAAUCAUGAGUUGAAGAGUUCCCUGGUGCUUUACUACAUGUGCGAGUGUGGGUUCUACAUUUAUAGCAUCGCUGCUAUUCUCACAUGGGAGACUCGAAGGAAGGAUUUUUCGGUGAUGUUCACUCACCACGUAAUUACUGUUUUACUUAUUGGGUGCUCAUAUCUAACAAGUUUUUUUAGGGUUGGCUCCAUAAUCCUAGCCCUUCAUGAUGCUAGUGAUGUGUUCUUGGAAGCUGCCAAGGUUUUCAAGUAUUCUGGAAGGGAGUUUGGUGCAAGCGUGUGUUUUGGAUUCUUUGCAGUUUCGUGGCUCAUACUGCGGCUAAUUUUCUUUCCUUUUUGGGUUAUUAAAGCAACAAGCAUUGAUCUGCAGCAGUGCUUAAACCUAUCAGAGGGUUUUGAUAUGUCACUUUACUAUAUUUUUAAUACAAUGCUCAUAAUGCUGCUCAUCUUCCAUAUAUACUGGUGGAAGCUCAUAUGUGCGAUGAUCUAUAGGCAGCUGAAAAAUAGGGGAAAAGUUGGUGAGGAUAUAAGAUCAGAUUCAGAUGAUGAUUGAAUAGACAAAGGGUUUUGUUGAGUUUUCUUUGUUCCCACUGGUUGGUGGUAGCUCUGAUGAUACUGCUUUGACUUGUCUAUAGAUUUCUAUGAGUUCCAGUUGGCCAAGACAACCAAUUGAGGAGAUCUGAAUUUUCGUUAGUUUCAAAAUUUUCAUUGAUUACCGAGUAAAAAGGGAUUAGGGAACCAUCAAGCAUACUCUGAUUCUUAUAUUUUUGCUGUAUAAAUGAUAGGCAUUCCUGUAUAAUUGUUUUUCCAA